AUGGACGCCCUAGGCUUGAUUAGGAGUAUCACCGAAGAUUUUAGGAAAGUGAAUAGAAAAUUAGGCAGGCGGCUGAGGAGGGAUGAAAAUCCUGAUGACGAUGUGUCAUUUGUGCAGCAGCAGCAGCAGCAAUGUCCUGGCAACACCGUAAGGCAUUCUUCAGGAUAUUCCCAAAAGGUCCUACCGGAUUACGAAUCCUGGCAGUUGAUUAUUAAACGCAUCAACAUACCACCUACUGUAAAACUUAAUGAUACCGAUUACAUUAUCCUUGAUUGUGACUACGACCUAGAAAAUACAUCUAGCACGGGUCUCGUCGUCAAAUGGUUUUUUAAUACCAAUCAAGUGAUCUACCAAUGGAUUUACGGCAGGUAUCCUUUGGCGGACGAGCCUGCUGCAAAGUACAUCGAUCUAACGUAUAAAGCCAGCAAUGAUCCAUACACUGAAUACCGAGCCAUAAAAUUGAAUAAACCAGGUGUUGAUCUUACCGGCGUAUAUACAUGUGUUAUAUCUACCUAUGCAGAUGAACGAACAGCAAAUGCAUCAAUGAUAGUAUAUUCUACAGAAGAUAAGUUCGAACUCGUGUAUAGGAAAAAGAUUAUAAACAAUAAAGAUGGAGUCGAAAUAACGUGUAUCGCUGAAGGACUUUAUCCUCAACCGGCUUUAAACAUUUCUGUCGAAUACCGACACAACGAGCGACAAAAUAUAAGAAUAAUGGAAAAAGAAGUGACGGAAUCUCUAAGAAAAUAGAAAGGUAGAGAGAACAUUAGGUGGGGGACAAUA